GUGGAGCCGAUGCUGGGCAGCAGCUUCAGUUGCUUUGAUGUUGUCAAAACGUAAGGACAAUUUGUGAAGUGAUAGAACGGGUGUACACGAAUGCUUUACGCUGAUUUUGUGUCGAUACUAGUGUGCCAAUUGCUGAUAAUGAUGACGCAGUGGCGUUCGAGUUGUGAUAUUCGUUCGGUAAAUAAGUAUAAAUAUUGAAAUAAGACGCAGUUUUUAUAUAAAUAAAUUAAAUGUAUGUAUGUAAGUAUGUGUCAUAAAAAGCUGAUGAUGUUCAAUUAAAACAAACACUCGUGUUAGCUAAUCAACAACAUUCGUGAAAGUCAUACGGUUAAGUGUGUUCAUGUUUGUGCACGUUUUGUUAUGCAAAUUAAUUGACUGGUUCAACAAAAAAGUGUUGUAACAAAAUAAAAGUACCAAAUUAAAGUUCGUUCAUUCGAGUGAAAACAGUCAGCAAAAGUUUCAGUAAAUAUUUCGUAAAUGUCGGACAUAAAUCAAGCAAAUCCAAAACCAACACGAGCGCAAUUUGCGAACUUCAAAUGUUUGUUUCAUUGUUGAGGGUGUUUACCAAAAACACAAAAACACAAAAACAGUGACCUGAAGCGUUUGCCGUGAUUUCGACAGCAUUUCAACAGAAUUUUCGUGCUGCUGUAGUUUCGGGUGUUCAAAUGCUAACAUUUCUAACUUAUUACUACGCUUUGUGUUUAUGCAGCAGCGCAGCAGGUCGUGUAUGUGUGAAAUUGCAAUAAUUCAUAAAUGCAACCGGGAAUUGAGUUCGGCAAAUUUUCAACUCAACGCUAGCUGGACUGAACUGAAAUGAACUAUACGAACUGCAGCGUUUUCCUCCUAAUGCACAGUGGCCGGUUGCCUCAGUGCUCAAGUAACGUUGUCGGCAAAUCGAAUUAAACGCAAAAAAUCAAAAGCAACAAACUUACCCGUUAGCAGUAGUAGUUACACUACAAAUCAUAAAGUGUACGAGUGUAUUCAGUAUUUCAAGUUUGAAAUUUCAUUACGAAUGCUGCACCAUUGCGCCCGCUGCCAGUGCAUGGGCAUGAUGUUGCAAGUGCAAACAAUUUCAAAUUAUAUGUGGUAGUGUGCAAAGUAAAGUCAAAUCCAAAACAUAAAUUACGAAACAAGAGAAAAUUGUGUGUAGUGAAAAUUUCGAAAUUUAAAACAAUUUUUAUUGCGCAAAUAUACAAACAAAAAUUACACUUUUUGUCACAGUUGCAACAACUUCAAAACCGCAGUCGAGCAGCGAAAACCAAACACAACAAGCAUUGCUGCAGCUAAACAUAAAAAUGUAUGAUUUGUUAUCCCAAAGAGCAUUCAUGUAACAUGUUCAGAUUUUAGACUGUAAAACCGCAAGUGAAGAAUCAAAACAAAAAACUCCGCCCACGAAAGCCCAUUUUCAACAGCUGUUAGCAUCGAUAAUGCCGAAGGCCGCCAAUAGAGCAGCUAUGUGUGAAUAAUGCUUGCCAACAAAUUGUCUAUAAAAUCCUAUAUAUAAACGAGCAGAACACAUAAGUAUAGGUACGAGUACAUUCCAGGCCACUGAAGGGCAGUUAGAAUAUCAAAAUGCCAGCGAGGCUACUAACAACAGAAACUCAUAAAGCACAGCACAGUUUUGCAACGCACAAACCUCUAAAUUGGCAUAAAGACAGAGCAAGUGGCAUGCUGACAUAUUGUGCGAGCAAAGCAUCUGCUAUUUAUGCGGGUGAAACAUGGUUAAGAUGGUGUUUGGUACUCACGUGUCUACUGAUAGUCCCAGAUUUCAUUGCUGGACUCAAGGAUGUUUCGGUUACAAUACCACAAGCGGUGAAACGUGGCAGCAAUGCACUGCUCAUAUGCAAUUACGAUAUGGAAAAUGAUACUUUAUACUCCAUAAAAUGGUAUAAGGGGCGGCGAGAGUUUUAUCGCUAUACACCAAAGGAAAAUCCGGCAAUGAAAGUUUUCCCCAUGGCCGCUGGACUAAAUGUUGAGCGUAAUCUCUCCAAUCAAAGUCAUGUCGUGCUGCUGGCGGUGCCGCUCAACAUAUCCGGCAAGUUUACAUGCGAGAUUUCCGUGGAGGCGCCAACCUUUCAGACCGCCAUGGUCUCCUCUGAACUGGAAGUUGUGGAAUUACCGGAGGAGCAGGCUAUUGUUAUGGGCAUCCAGCCACGUUAUCGUAUCGGCGAUUUGGUUGAUGGCAAUUGCUCAAUUAAGUACUCGAAGCCGGCUGCUAAUUUGACAUGGACUAUUAAUGGUGGUCCGGUGCCGCUGCAUUCUAUAAAAAGUUAUCAAAUUGAACGUUUUGAAGAGAGCAAUUUGGAGUCGGUGGUGUGCGCGCUGAAAUUCAUGGUGACCACAAGUCAUUUCGUUAAAGGACAAAUGAGGCUCAAGUGUACGGCCAGCAUAUUUGAUAUAUUCAAAGAGGAAAUCGAAAGUGUCAUCGAAGAGGAUCGACCGCGCAUUAUGGCCUCCGGCCGUUCAUACGACAUGCAUAAUAAUUAUCCAUACGAACAGCAUGGCAGCGGUGAUGGCUUCGAGGAUCAUAACGAAUCCUUUUUAACAUAUUCAGCCGCCGACAUCACGUCUUCGGCAACAACCGUACACGGCACGAUAGCGAGCAUCUACGCGAAAGCGCUAAAAGUGCAUUGGAAGCGCCUUUGGACCGCUCUGAUGGCGGCAGCGGCAGCAAUUCGGGCAACCAGCAGGCUGCGAAGCGUACCGGCAGUGGACCUGGAGCUGGCGCACCGAUAUGUCAAAAGGAUAAGUGAAGCAAGCGAUGAUGAUGAGAAAGAAAAUGCACCAACAGCGGCAGUGAAGAACUUCGCGCGGUUGCCAGCUACCACCACCGACACCGAGUGUGUUGCUUAUAUUUUUAUUGCCAUUUGCACGAGCGUCUUUCUAUGCGCACUGACACGCCAUUUUAUAAGCUGUCAAAGGAACCAAAGGAAACCCAGCGAAGUGAGUGGCGCAGUGACGACACCACGAACUACCGCCUCGACGGUAGCGGCACCAGUGGCAGAUUUCACUGCCACGGUGUUGCCAUCAAAGGUAAUAAUAACGACAACAACAACAACGACAGCAGCAAGGCGCGUUGUAAAUGAUGGGGCAGCUUCAAUCUUGGCAGUCAAACGGACAUUGAAAGGACGAAAAUCCUUUCAUAAUUGCGUUGGAAAAAAUUUGAAAUCAUUGAGUGUACGAUUGGCAGGAUUGCCGCGGGCGCUGUGCCCGAUGUUUAUGCAGUGGGCGAAAGUAGCGGCGAAUCCAUUACAAAAAUUGGCAAAUCAACAACAGCUUCAGCAGCAGCAACGGCAGCAACAGAAAAGCACGUCAAUAUUGCGCAACCAAGCGCGCAAACAGCGCCACGCAACUCAACAGCUGUCGGUGACAGUUGCCGGUAGGAGCCCAUCAACUCCAUUACCAGCAACUGUGGCUGCAUUGACAUUUGACACGCCGGGUGUUAGCGCUGCCAUGCACGCUGCAAUUGCCGGCUGCAACAACCCUGGCAGCAGUCUCUGCAGCGGGGGCGACGGCGGCAGCAAUCAAGCAAUUGGCAAUUUCACUAAGGACACGUCAAAGGAUCAAACAUUAUUGAUGAUGAUUGCACAACGUUUCGAUUGUCAACAUGUUGACGAUUUGGUUACACUCUCUCUGUCGCACAACGCGCUCAGUAAGAGGCAGGAGCGGCAGCAACAACAACAACAACAGCAACAGCCACUGCUGUUGGGUGCCAUAAAAGACGGCAAGGUGCUGUCGAAAUCCAAGGUGUUGCUGGCUAAUUGGCAAGAAAGCGGCGUGACACCUCGUCCUUGCUGCGGCCACUGCUGAUGUCCGCCGACCCAAGGCAAUUGAGUGCACCACAUAGCUUAAACAGAAAUUAUAAUUACAUACCAUAAAUAGCUUAAUACCAAUAAAUAUACCAAAUAUGAAUUAAUAAUACUCCCGGAAGCGCCGUGUUAUCUCCAAAGCAAAGGCGUCAUUGCCAAACCAAAAAACAUAGAAAAUAUGUUAUAUUAGUUUAGAGCUGUCUAGCGUUAAGGAAAUGUUGAUGUUGCUUUUUAAAAUGCCAGAAGUAGUAGAAGAAAGAGUAAAUAUGUGUAAAUAAAGGAGCGAGUUGCGCGAAAGAAAUGAUAAAUUUGAAGCAAGUUGUGAAAAUGUGAACAUAUUGUAAUGGCUUAGAGUAAUGCCAAAAAUAGCACUUCAUUUAGUAAUAAGUAAUAAGUUUAGAAAGCGUAUGAAAUGUAUACCAAAAAGAUACGAAUUAUCAGCAAAAGCGAUGAAAUGCGAAAAUCAUAAAAUUAUGUUGCGCAUAAAAAUAAGCGCGUGGAGUAGCCAGUCAUUGCAACAGCACAGUUUGCCUUUUUUAAUAACGUCAGCUGACUCUAUGCUUACACACCAUUCGUUAAUUGAAGUGUCUUCAAGACAAAAUAAUGCUGCUGUUUAACAAAUAGUCGAAAAUUACUGACUCUAAAGUCGAUAAAAGAAGUAAGCGACUGUGCUAUUGCGUUGCUGGCGCUUAGAAAAAUAGUAAAUACCGUUGUAAAUGUUGUAUUCAAUACAUUUAAUAUUAUAUUAGCUGCUAAGUAUGUUAAAAGACAACAAAUUCGACAAAAGACGACUGAGCGGUCUUAAAACAAACAAAUCACUCAAUUUGCGUUGCUUUAUGUUUAAGUUAUUUAAUUUGAAUGUGUUUUCGUUAAACGAAAUAUGAUUUCAAAAACAGCUUCUGUACAUUUACAUUAUUACUAUGAUUAUAUUAUUACUAUUUUGUAUUUAUAUCAUUACUAUAUUAUACAUAUAUUUUCAAUUAUUGUAAAAGUUUUCACUUGCUUGUAAUUUAUAAGAAUUUUUAUUGCAAAUUCAUUUUUAAUAUAUGAACAUUUCAAAUAAAUUCGGCAACUGUGUUCUUAUUUAUGAUUUCAAUUAUUUUUAACAUAACCAUAUUUCUAACAUAAAACUUUCACGCAACUGUUAAACAACAUACGAAAUGGCUGCAAAAUGUGCUGCAACAUUUUCUGUAAACAUUUUGUCAGCCACACGCUGUUUAACAUGCUCGCCUGUUAAAAAAACCAGAAGCCGAGAAACGAAUUCGGUACGUCGCAUAUGCGUGCAGCAAGGUGGUAAAAUUUGGUAAAUGCACCAAGCACCCAUAAACGGCAGCAAGCAGCCGCCCAGCUGCAGACGGAAAUGCACUUUUGUUUUCCGACGCCUAAAAGUAUGCUGCAAAAUAUGGCUUCCGCCCAAAUAAGUGCAGCGGAUGUUCAAAAAUCUACUACUUUAGUUACGCCACAACCCAUUUAGCAAAGUUUCAUAUUUACCGGUUGCUGACCGUGCUGUAAAACACAGUACAGGGUGCAUCAAUGCUUGAAGAAAUGAAAACAAUACAUUUGGUGAACUUUAUUUUAUUUUUUAUUUUAUUUAAGUGAUUAUUUUUUAUAAUAUUUUUUUACAAUAUUUUCGUUAUAUUUUUACUACAUUUUUUUUAAGUUUUUUUGCAUAUAUUUUAAAUUUCUGCCAUAUAGGAAAAAUAAUCAAAAAUAAAUUUGUUUAACUACUUAAGGUAUAUUUAAAAACCUUUUUACAUAGUAAUAUAAAGAAAAUAUGCAAAUGUGCACAAGCGAGCUUCGUCUUGUUUGCAUUUCGCUUUUAGAAAUAUAAGUAAACAAAUUGUAUAUAAAAAAGUUAUUGCGUAAAUUUAUAGCAUAUUCGAUGAUAAUAUAACGGGCAAGUAGCUGAAAUUGUAAAUAUGCAAAGUGAAAUCACUGAAGUUGUGAAAAUUAUUAUCUAAACCAAAAUACUCAAAGAGUUGUAGGUGCCACUGUUACAUUGCGAUGUUAAUCAGAAAACGGUGGUUGUCGUUAGAUGGAUAAAUUUAGAAACUAAAUUUUAGUUUAGCUUAGGUAUAAAAUACGCUCAUUUGUAUAUGUAUGUGUAACUAACAGUAAGCAGUAGCAAACAUUAAUUCAAGGAACUUCACGCCUCAGUCACUGAACGAAAUUGACAGUGUUGUUGUUUUUGUAGUGUUUUUCGUUGGUAGUUGCUUUUCGUUUGUACCCACUUUUGGCCUGGAUUAAAAAUUUAUAGUAAUUCACGACACUUCUUUUGAAAUUACAAGAUCCAACGGUAGAUAGUUCCUUCAAUUGGAGUACAUAAAUUAAUAUACAGACACACAUAGGCAUAUAUGUAAAUUUUAAUAUGGCAAAUAUGAAAAAUAUAAAAAAUAAAGAAAAUAAAUACCUAUUAAAAAAUUAAAAAAAAUAUGAAAAGCAAAAAUAUAAAAAAUAUAUAAAUACUUAAAUAUAAAAACCAUAAAUAAUUUAAAAAAUUGCUACAUAAAUAAGCGUAAAAAUUUAAAGCCAGUAAAUUAAUCAAAAUUUUGAAAUUAAGAGUAACAAACCUUCUGGAUGGAAAGCACAAAGGUGUUUCAUGUUGUGAAAAGAGCAUAGAGCAUUUUAUAGCUUAUUAUUGAUGGACGGCUUUCGUACUUUAUAAAUGAAAUAAUUAAUUUUGUUUAUGCAAACUAUUUGUUCUUUUGAAAGCUAAUUAAUUCUUCAACAAAUUAUUAUAUGACUUUUUUCGAAAAGGCUCUGCCAUCUGCUUCUUGGCUCUUAUCUCUUAAAACGAUAGAUGAUUAAAAUGCGGUUUGCCAUUGCAGCAGGCACUCAACGAGACGGAAUCAUAUUCAGGAGUUAUUAAUUGAAAAUCACUGAGAUUGUUCGAUUUUAAAUGGACAUAUGUAUGUAUUUCUGAUUAAAUAUUUUAUUUUCAAAAAACAAAAAUUGAGACAUUACGAUUAAAAAAUGUAUUUUAAUAUAUGUAUAAAAAAUUAAUUUUAAUUUAUAAAAAAAAAAUAAUUUUAAUUUAUAAAAAAAAUUUUUUAUACAUUAAACAAAUUAAUUUUAAUUGUAAAUUAUUGAAAUUAUUUUUUUAUUAAAUUAACAUUAAUUUUUUAUUCAGACGUUGGAAAAAAAAUUUAGUUUUAAAACGAUUUACUUUUUUAAUUCGGAAUGUAAGUGAUGUCCAUACUUCAGAUUAAAUGUGUCUUAUUUAAUUUUCAAUACGUAUUUGGCAUUAAAAUUCCAUUUCGAAUUUUUAAUUUUUUUAUUUAAAUGUUAAUUCAAUUACUUUUGUUAACACAUUAUUUGCAACCCUGCAAAUUUAGUGUAGAGUGGUUUUUUCAUAUGUUAUGGAUUUAAAUUUUUUGGUUCGAUCAUUGCCUGACAAAUAUGUAUAUCUAUCUUAACAGCCGAUCGGUUUAGCCGAUUUGGAAACAUUUUUCCACCUUCUCUAAUAUCGUUUCGAGAAAAACCGAUUUUAGAACAUUUUAGAAAUUUUCGGAUUCUCUUGAUUCCGUAGGCUAUUUCUAUACUUUGUCUUCUUUAUUGACGUAGGCACCGCCCACGGGGUUAUCGAAAUCGAAAUCUUUUUCUGGAAUUUUUUUCUCGGAAAGUAUAAUUGGUAAAACGAUGAUUUUUUUUGGUCAUCCAAGCAAAGGGGGCAGGGAAGGGAGCUACGGAAUAAUGACGGCAGAUCUUAAUUGAACAAAAUAAAAAACGAUUUUUAGUUCUUUUAUUUCUAACAAUUUUUUAAAUUAACAAUUUUUACUACUUUUGGCAAAUUCUAGUUCCACCGGCAAAAUCCUGAUGAACAUGUCUAAACAAUAUCAAUGCGAUAUCUCAAUUUUUGACCUUGUAUGACUUCCAACAACACGAAAAACGUGGUUUUGGAAAAAAAAUUAAUCAGUUUUUUGAACUUUACAAGCGAAUAUAACCCUUUACAUUUACAUAAUUAACUAAUUUACAAUUAACUACAAUUAUAUUAAUUUCAAGCAAUGUAUCAGUUGCCAUAAAUGAAGAAUAAACAAACUCUCAUGAACGC